UCUUGUUUUAUGUUUGUGUUCAUUGGAAAAUAUAGAUCGAUCGUCCAACGUUUGAGGGACAGAACAGUUGGAAAGGUUCUAUUAGCCUUUUCAGGGCCAUGGUGGAACUGACCAAAAAUUUUAUGCGUAUUCUGCCAAAUGAAAAGAAGAAGAUCCAACUUAUUCCUCAGGCGGUUAUUUGUCAUAUCGAUGAGAGUGCUAUAUUCCAGCAAACAGUAGAAUCUGAGGAAAAAUUAAAUCACUAUAUGAGAGAAAACUACGCAGAGUAUGAAUACAUAAAUUAUAAAUUGGAACAGGUAUUUGAGCCUGGUUUUGCGAAGAAUAUUGAAUUUGAUAAAAUCAUGAAGUCAACUUCCAACGAGCACUUUGUAGAUUUCGUCCGAAAAGAUACUACGAAGACGCCGAUAGAGCAAUUGAACUCCCUAUUUGACGGCAUCAAGAAAACCACUGCCAAAGAAGAUCUAUUAUGGAAUCUCAAGAUGGCUAUGCUUAUAAGUAUAGCCAGACGUGAAGGAUGCUCAUAUAUAUUCAUUGGUGAUUCAGCUACACGUCAAGCUAUCAAAAUGAUUUCUAUGACAGCUAAAGGCCGAGGACAUAGUGCUGCAUUGGAUGUUAGCGUGGAUAAUUAUCAAAGUUUCCCAGAUAUAUGCAUCAUGCGACCUAUGAAGGAUAUGCUAGCAAAGGAAAUUGCGUUUUAUAAUCGCUUCUCCGGUAUCGAUAAAUAUGUCAUCUCACCUUUCAACUACAGUACCAAGAUGCCUGGUAAAAGCUCCAUUGAAAGAUUAACAGAAGAAUUUAUUGUCAGUAUUGAACAAGGUUUCUCAUCAACUGUCAGCACUAUUUGCCGAACCAUUAUGAAGUUAACGCCUGCUGCCGACAUUGAUUAUAGUAGAACCUGUGCUAUUUGUAUGAUGCCCGUUGAGCCUAAUAUUAGUCAGUGGAGAAAGCACAUCACGGUCGCCGAAGUUGAAGAUGCUGAAGUACCAACUGGGUCUGAAACAACACCAGCUAUAACAACAGCACCAGAGGGUGACAAAGGUUGUGAUAAUUGCAAUGGACAUUGUCAUGCUCAAUCACAGCCCAAAGUAGACAUGAAUAACUUCUUAUGCUAUAGCUGUCAAGUAAAUCUCAAGGACUAUACGGAAAGAUCGAUAGAGUCCUUGCCUCCUUAUGUUACUGAGAAGAUUCAUGACGAAGGUAGAGAUGAUAGGUUACUUGAUCAGAUAAAAGACUUUUUAAUAGAAGAUAACGAAUAAAGAAUGUUGCUUGCUUUGAACUCCUCAAGAGUGUUGGAAAUAAAAAUUUUGAAAAUGCUUGACUUGUGGUUUAUGAAAGAAGAGAGGAAAGGCAUACAGAUUGGGAGCCUUGCGUGUCAUUCUCUAAAAGUUAAAUACUUCUCUGCGGCUAGGGCGGAUAGACACCUGGGAUCGCUGUAAACUGCUCAAAUCUUGGCAAAAAGAAUCAAGGAUGACCUUGAUAGGGAUACAUACUAGGAGCAAACAAGGCAACUUCAGAAACCGGAAAACAACACAUACUUCAAUUGUGUCAUGAGCAGCCCUACAGCUUUACAAAGACGUUUGAAGGGUUCAGCUUGAAGAAAUCAGCGAUCAACAAAUUUAUCUUGAGAGGGAUACUUGAUCGAACCAUG